AUGUCCUCAGAUCCGUACCAACAGGCUAAUGGCCUCGAAGACCUUUUUGAUGACGUUGACGACAUGCUGGAUUCCGCUGUGGCCACUCCUUUCGAGCAGAGUUUCAACGUGCCCGAUGAUGGUGACAAUGAGUUGAGCAUGUUGAUGAAUGAGGGUGGUGGUGACGAAGCUUUUGAUCUCAACGAACUGAAUGCGAGAGAGCUAGAUGUUGGCGAAAAGGCGGACAACGCCAUCGAUUACGAAGACAUUGGCGAUGACGAUUCUCUUCCCGACGAAGAGUUCAACCAAGAAACCGCCCCUCAGGUGCAUUCCGACCUGCUGCCAGGCAUCGAAGAUAGCGCUCUUGAUGGCUUGGAUGGCUUGGACGACGACGAUCUCUUCGGACCCUCAAGCCCAAUUCUCACUUCUCACGAGCCUCAGCCUGUCGUCGCGCCGUCGAAACCUGUUGACAAGGCGCUCCCAGACGCAGAUCAAGACUCGGAUCUUGCCUCGGAUCAUGCAGAAGAUGACAAUCAAGAUAUUUCCAUGUUACAAUCGGACGUUGACGACAUUGAAGAUGCACAGUAUCGGAUUCAGCUGGCACUCUUUGCACAAUCCGGCAGUGGGUACGCUCCAACCACCGAGCAGGAAAACAUCGAGGAGUGGCUCAAGCUCGAAUUUCCAAGUUUCAAGCGUGAUGAGAACCCUUACUUCAACAAACUCUUUCCUCCAAGACUGCAAAAUUGGUCGGCUAAAACCCCGGUGAAGCCUCCCAAACCGAUUCGCCCUGCUAAGGUCAAUCUCGAGAUCGAACAGGACCAAAAGACAGCUUUCAAUUCCUCCCUUCCAGUCACGGCAGCCGUUUCUUCAUCAGAUGUCGUCAAGACCAAGGAACCUGUGGUCCAUGAGGUACAAGAGUCUUCGGACGAAUCCGACGAUGAUGAGCCUCUGCCAAAUGGAAUGUCUAUGCGCGAUCUUGAGUUCAUCUGUACCAAUUUCGACACCCUUUCCCAGCUUGCCCUCUCCGACGAGGAGAUUGUGGAAGAGCCUCGAAUUGUUGAUAGCGACGACGAGAUGUUUGGGUUCGAUGAUUUCGGCGAUAUCGAGCGCCCGCACAAAAAGCGUCGUCUUGGUUUGGAUCCACAUGCCAUCGUCUCUAUCCAUGAGAUCGAUGUUCGGUCUUUCGAUGAUCCUGAAAGAUAUACUGCCAAACUGGCCGCAAAGGUCGUGCUCGAUCUCAACGACCCCCAACUGCUUGUGGAGGAGGUUGAUGCGGAGGCUCUCAAAGCCAAAGCUCGUCCUGGAGAGAAAGUACCCGCUGUCAAGACGCUUAAAGAUCGUCUACGACACCGGUUCAAAACUUCGAACGACGCCGAAUAUGACCUCCUCAAACAGAACCACCAAUCCAAGGUGCGGAAUCAAUUGUCCAGCAUAAAUAUAGAACAUUCUGUGCCCGCAAAACGCCUCCAAUACCCAUAUUACCAAGUUCGACUGUCCAUACAAGACUUGCGCAAUUACCAUCGGAGGCGGAUGCAUUUCAAGCACAAUAUCUCUUUCAGUCCAGUCAACAAGAUCAAAAGAAAACAUCAGAAAGGCAAGACCGUGGAGCAAUUGUAUGCAACAACAAAGCAUCUCUCCAUGGGAGACAACUCUUCUACACUCCUGCUUGAGUACUCAGAGGAACACCCUUUGAUGCUCUCACAGCCGGGGAUGAGUAGUAAGGUCAUUAACUACUACAGAAAGCGUGCUGCAGAUGAUUCCUUUCGUCCCAACAAGCACGACAUCGGUGAAGCAACUGUACUGCUACCUGAGGACAAGUCACCCUUCCAUGUUUUUGGACAUAUAGAGCCUGGCGAGACCAUCAGUGCCCUUUACAAUUCCAUGUAUCGGGCCCCGAUCUUCAAACAGGACCCCGCGUCACAUGAUUUCAUGGUUCUGCGAGAGUCUACAGGCCAAGAUGGACAGAGACAUUACCUGCGCAAUCUAGACAAUGUUUGUGUUGUUGGUCAAGAGCUUCCUUCAACCACGAUUCCCGGCACUCAUUCUCGCAUGGUCACCACUGCCUCGAAAAACCGACUGAAGGCUAUUUCUUACCGAAUGGCUCGCCGCAAGAAAACUCAAAGAAUUCGGGUGGAAGAAGUCACCAAGCAUUUCCCGGACACAACCGAUAUGCAGAAUCGACAGAAGAUGAAGGAAUUCAUGGUCUUCAGCAAGGAACACAAAGAAUGGGAAAUGAAACCAGGCGAGACCAUACCGGAUGAGAAGACCAUUCAAACCAUGAUUCGGCCUGAAGAUAUUUGUCUACUCGAGUCAAUGCAGGUCGGAGCUCAAUACCUGCAAGAUGCUGGCUAUGCUGAUAACGAUGAUGAUGAUGACAAGGAUAAAGAUAAUGACAACGAUAGUAUUGAACAGCAGCUCGCACCAUGGCGAACGACCAAGAAUUUCAUGCAAGCCACUCAAGGCAAAGCUAUGCUGAAAUUGUUUGGGGAAGGUGAUCCCUCUGGACGUGGAGAAGCAUUCUCCUUUAUCAAAACAAGCAUGAAGGGUGGAUUCCGACCCAUCGGAGGUUCUGCGCAAGAUGCAAUCACUCUGAAGAAAGAACUCGGUGGCCACAGCUACAACGUGGCUCGCCAGCAAAGGUCUUAUGAAGAGUCGAUUCGUGGUAUAUGGGACAAACAGAAAGCCAGUCUUGGCUCGAAGAUAGAACCUUCAGACCUCGAUAUGGACGGUGAUGUUGAUAAUCAAGAAGACAGAUACAAUGAACGGUCAAGUAUGCGUGCGAACUCAGUCUCUGGAACCCAUACCCCCGCCCCCGGUCGGCGCAGAGAUGAUGAGACCGGAACAUCUUUCAGCAAACGCAGUCUUGCGAGCCAAGGGCAAAGCACCAAGUGUUUGCAAAUAUUUCGCACUGUGGUCCGUGAUGGCAAGGAGGUUGAUGAAAUUCAAUAUGAGAAUGAUCCUGCCGUUAUCAAACAGUAUAUGAGGAUCAAAGAAAUGGAAGAAGCGCAGGCCACCAGGUUUGUGUCCAGAACAGCCCGCCACGAGUUAAGCUUACAUGUGUCUAGUCUCCAAGACAUCCAACCCACCGGCAAUGCUGACCACGAUGCUCGGAACAAGAAACGGCAAGAAUAUCCCUUUUCCACAAACGCCCACGUUUCUUUUCUUGUACUAACGAUGUUUAGACUCGAGGAAGCUCUCGCCAAACUCGAAAAGAAUGCUGCUCGUCGAAAGCAACGAACGAAAGGAAAGGGCGCGGCAGAUGCGACCUCACCCGGAGGCACUGCAAUGUCGCCAGAUGCCGAUGGUGGUGCCCCAGGAGGAAAGAACACCCAGCCAACGCAACGCAAGUGCGCGAACUGUGGACAAGUCGGUCACAUCAAGACCAACAAAAAGUCAGUCAUGUGCAACAAUUGCAACCUUCCCUUUGAUCGCAAGUUGGGACUGCUGGGCCUAGCACCAAUAUUUGAAGAAGUUGAGGCUUUCUAA